UAUACGCUUGAGAGUUUAUGUGUCACGGGUAACCGAAAAACAAACCAUGAUACUUGGAAAUAUUACGGCGUUGGUCCCGUUAGAUGACUCUUUAAAUUUUCAUUUAAAUAUGGCAGUUUUAGAUCAAAUCGGCGGCUGGAAAGAUAAUGCCUACGUUUACAAUCAUCCAAAAGCUUGUAGUUCUCUGAAGUUUUUAAUGGGAGAAACUUGGACUCCGCUUAUGCGUAAUUUUAAAUUAAACUCAACCGAUUGUCCAUUGCCAAAGGGAUUUUACAUAAUGGAAGGAUUCGAUUUGUCGUUAUUCGAAAAAAUGAACAUUCCGAAACAAUUAUAUUAUGGAACUUACAAGAUGAAAAUAGUGUACACAGACAAAAGCGAUGUUGUUGUCGGUUGUUUUAUUAUAGUAGUUGAAAUAUUAAGACCGUGGGAAUAAAGUAUAAACCAACAUUUGUUGAUGACAAUGUUGA